AUGGCAGACUUUCUUCUCUUCGAGGGCCCGGUGGGCUACUCUCUUUUCAAAGUCGUUCACAAGCCCGACUCUGUUGGAAAUAGACUGAAGGAGGUUCAAGCUGCUAACCAAGACCUUGCGAAAUUCGGAAAAAUGGUCGAGGUUGUCAGUUUCUUGCCUUUUGAAAAUAAUAAGCAAGCGCUUAGCGAAAUUAACGACGUAUCCGAGGGUGUCGCUUCUGAGACGUUGAUCUCGUUUCUUGAGCUCAAUCUGCCAAAAGCAAGCAAGAAAAAGAGCGUGGUGAUGGGUGUCUCUGAUAAAGGGCUGGCUGGUAGCAUCAAGGCGGCGUUCCCAUUUGUAGAGUGUGAGACUGGCGACACUAGCGAGGUUGUUCAGGAUAUGCUACGAGGAAUUCGAAUGCACUCUGGAAAGCUUCUCAAACAGCUUCGUGAGGGAGAUAUCAAUACUGCUCAGUUGGGUCUUGGGCAUGCCUAUUCCCGUGCAAAAGUCAAGUUUUCGGUUCAGCGCGACGACAACCACAUCAUCCAGGCUAUUGCUAUUUUGGAUCAAUUGGACAAGGCUAUCAACACUUUUUCCAUGAGAGUGAGAGAGUGGUACUCGUGGCACUUCCCAGAAUUGGUCAAGAUUGUAUCUGAUAACCAUCGUUAUGCUCGCUGUGCCCUCUUCAUCAAGGACAAGAAGGACCUCUCUGAGGACAAACUCCAUGAUUUAGCUGCCAUUGUGGAUGAUGACGAGGGAAUUGCUACCAGCAUCAUGGAUGCUGCCAAACACAGUAUGGGUCAGGAUAUCAUGAGCACAGAUAUGGAGAAUGUCAUCGCUUUCGCCGAACGUGUUGUCAGCCUUGGAAAUUACCGCAAGAAUCUCCAUGCAUACCUGGUUAACAAGAUGAGCGUUGUUGCUCCUAACUUGGCUACCCUUAUUGGAGAAGUUGUUGGUGCACGUUUGAUCUCCCACGCUGGAAGCUUGACUAACCUUUCGAAAUACCCUGCCUCAACUGUACAAAUCCUUGGUGCUGAGAAGGCCCUUUUCAGAGCUCUUAAGACCAAGGGUAACACCCCUAAAUAUGGUCUUCUCUAUCAUUCUUCUUUCAUUGGCCGCGCCGGUACCAAGAACAAGGGUCGUAUCUCUCGGUUCCUCGCAAACAAGUGUUCAAUUGCAUCAAGGAUAGACAACUUUUCCGAGACACCAUCUACAGCUUUCGGAAAUGCUCUUCGACAACAAGUAGAGGAAAGACUGGAGUUCUACGCCUCUGGGGCCGCCCCGACCAAGAACGAAGUAGCAAUGAAAACUGCCAUGGACUCGAUUCUUGCUGAUAUUGAGAUUGAUGGUGACGGUGACGGUGACGAUGAUGUUGAAAUGGAAGAUGCUGACAAGGCUGAGAAGAAUGAGAAGAAAGAAAAGAAGGAAAAGAAAAAGGAAAAGAAGGAGAAGAAGGAAAAGAAGGAGAAGAAAAAGGAGAAGAAGGAGAAGGCGGCUGACGCAUCUGAUGCUGAAACUGAUGCUACACCGAAGAAGAAGCGGAAACACGACGCAGAUGCUGGGUCGGAGAAGAAGAAGAAACAAAAGAAGUGA